CUGUACGCGAGGCAGUUUGUCCUCCUAUCAGCGCCAUUGUGUGACAGAGUCUCUACUAGCGAGGACUCCUUGUUUUUUUCCCUUGUCGACUGGACUCUUUAAAUACCCCCAUGUUUCUCUUUCACACUCCGGCGGACCUGAAUCUGAUUUAUGUUCAGUAAAGGUGCCAAGCGAAAACUGGACGAGGAUGAAGAGGUGCUGGAAGGCAAAAAGCUGGAGGCAUCGGUGGCGGGAGGAGGAUUAGGCCUCGGCCACGAGGGCUUGUCCAAGGUGUCGUACACGCUUCAGAGGCAGACCAUCUUCAACAUCUCCUUAAUGAAGCUGUACAGCCAGCGGCCACUGAGCGAGCCGAGCCUGGAGCGUCGUGUCCUCAUCAACAACAUGCUGCGACGCAUCCAGGAUGAACUGAAACAGGAGGGUUCCCUGCGGCCGUUGCUUCUGCCACCCUCACCGCCACCGGACGACCCGAUGGACGAGGGCUUCCGUGAUACCCCGCCCUCAUUUGGAGUUUUAUCAGCUGCAACGACCGGGCCGGUAUCCCCGCCUUCUGCUCUGUUGAUGCCAGUGAUUCUUCCUCCACCUUCACCCCACCCGUUGGUGCCUCCUACCUGUGAGGCUUCCCAGGCCUGCCCGGCCCCACUGGAUGCCUGCCUCACUCCAGCUUCCCUACUGGAGGAGGAUGGUCCAGACUCAUCCUUUUGCUCUUCAUCUCCGCCCACUCCUCCUCUGUCGCCUCCCCCUGCACAAAGUCAGGCGUCCACCACCAUCUCUCUGCCUGCCUCGUCCAAUGAGUCUUUGUCUCCCAUUGUGAGCGACAUGGACUUACGUCCGCCAACAGCCAUAAAUAGAACAGCAGCAGCCAAUUCUAUGACAGGAACUACCUCCCUUGCUCCCACAACACUCACUCAUCCCUCCCACGUAGCAGCCUUGUCCCCUGCACCCAUAGGCACCGCUAAAGACUGCAGAACCACGGGUGCUGAACUUGAAACAGCUUGUGUCUUACUAGCGGAAGGCCGCAGUGCCGUGCUUCGACCGAUGGACACUCUGCCCACAGUGCCCCCUGCUGGCCCAGUAGACAUUUCCCCCUUUCAUUCCUCCCCUUCCACGCCCUCGGGGUUUCUCUCAGACUUGGCGCUGGAUGACGUCCUUUUCGCCGACAUCGACACGUCCAUGUACGAUUUUGAUCCCUGCGUCACAGCAGGGGCGGUCGGCGUGACAGCCGGCACCGGGAUAACCAAACUGUCACCGGUGGUGAUGACAGAUGACCUCCUCAAAUCGCUGGCGUCUCCGUACAGUGGCCCCGCCCCCCAGGUUUCAGCCAAUCAGCCUUUUAAAAUUGAUCUGACGGAGCUGGAUCACAUCAUGGAAGUGUUGGUGGGUUCAUGACAAGCAAAAACUGUUCAAUCCUGAAAAGAGACUGAAAUGAAUCAUGGAUCUGGGAUUUCUGUUGUUUUUUUUAAAGUUUGCAAUUGUAAAUGUUAGUUGUCAUGUUAAUUAUGACAACUAUUAAUACUACUACAACACAACACUGUGCAUGGACUGACUCACUUUUCCAAACACAGAAAUGAAAUGACUGGGAAACAAAGAUAGAUAGAUAGAAAAAUAGAUUAGUUUACAUUUCUAUACCUGUGAGGACCUGCACUGAAUUCAUUCCUAAUAUGAACCUUAUCCACUUUGUAAGGUUUAACAGUGACUUAAGCCAUAACCCUCAAUGUGUGACAGAGGGUUUAUCAUUCAGUCCAAGGUGGCUCCUCAUGGGUAUAGAAAUACUUGGGAUUGAUACAAACACACACUAAACGUGUCUUUCAGCAGAUGAGUGCCUUUCAAAAAAAAUGACCACUUAUCCGAUUCCUGCUUGUCUUUUCGUUUUCUCUCACUUGUUCCUUCCUGAUAUUUUUUUAUUUAUUCAAUUGUGUUUUAUGUGAGGAAAUUUCUAAUCAAAUGAUAAUUUAAUUGUCUUUUAUUGCAGAUGCUGUUUUUAUGUUUUAAACAUGCGUCUAAGGAUUUCCACAAGGUCGUUUUACCAGCGCUCUACAUCUUACCUUGAUGAAGUAGUCAUUCUUUGGCAAUAUUUCAGAUACUCAUAGGAGUGGUCAUGUACAGUGGAUCCUUGCAUAGUCACCAUUCAGCACUCAUAAUCUCCAUAAUUAGGUCGUUUAUUGGUAGAAAACUGCGUGCGUGCGUGCGUGCAUGCGUGCGUGGCGACUCAACUUGAUAUUUACACCCUUGCUUAUACAUCACAAACAAACGGGAGCUUAUCAACCCAAAUGCCAAUCUCACUCAUGAUGCAACCAAAAAUAACAUCUAUGUGGAACACACAAUGUAACUGUGCCACACGGACGAUGCGGGUAUUGAAAUAAACACUUACACACUAAUAUACAUGCAAAACAAUAAUACUCAUUUACAACCUGCAAGGCAUGCUGGGAAACCCACGCGCACACUUCCCCAACAGGAAGUUACCCAGCAUGCCUUGAGGGAGGCAUUGGUUUGAUGACCUCCUGGUCAAAAUAGACGUUUCUCAAAUAGCGGGGAUCUACUGUAUUGACGAUCUCAGUUCAGGUCCGGGCUUUACCAACUUGCUAGUGCAAAGCGCUGUUGGAUGCUGGUUUAUACAGGCUCAGAUAGCAUGCCUGCCUUUGAGCAGACAGGCAAGCUUGUUGUGUUUACAUUGGAAAUGGUUGCAGAUCUCGUGUCCCAGUCAGGUGGAAAAGAGCUGAAAAGUCCACCCGAAACAGAGGCAGUUGGUGAACUGUAAACAAAUCAGCCAUCACAGACUGCAGCAGAGUCAUUGUGGCGCUAAUUGUGUCUUGGCGAUAUCCUCAAAAUUGUGUGAAGACUAACAAAUAUUGUGUAUUUCAAUACAUGCCUUUUGUUUGUUGUGUUUAGCAACUUGAGUGACAGACAAAUGACAACACAGCAUAUAGUAUUAUAUCAACUCAAUUUGCACAAACUGUUGUGUUAACAAUAGAAGCUCAUAUUCACUCAAUCUCAGGGUUUUGCUCACUCCGCUAGAUUGUGCAACACAGUUUUGAGUUUCAACCCAAACUCCUUGGAUGUUGGAUAACGUAUACAUGAUUACUGGAACUCUCAAUCUGUCUAGUAAUCAAUUUGAGGUUGCAAACCCAAACUGAUAACCCUGAUGAAGACUGGGCUUUUUCACAAUCCUCCCCCCCUCUGAACAUUCAUUUUGCGUCUACUUUAUUCAAACACAACUUUGCCAAUCUUAGUGUCACCAAUUAAGCUGAUUUUAUCCUUGAGUACCGUAUUUCCUCAAUCAGUGGCCUCCACUCUAAUACGACCUAUCUCAAUUAACACCAUUGCUAACCAAAACAGCAGCACCUACAGAGGCAAGUUGAUGAAUUAAAGAUGAUCUUGCGUCAGGUGAUUGGCCUUCCAGUCAUGUAUAUAUGUGCAUAUGUGUGUAUGUUCCAAGGAGCACACCUUCAAACCAUUUGAGACCGCCUCUGUCCAGCCAACCAAGGUUUUUCUGCAUUUUCUUGGUACAGUUGUCCCUCAUUCAUUCCGUUAAAUUGGUUCCAGACCCGACUGCGCUAAGUGAAUUUUUGCAAAGUAGGAUUCAAUAUUAAUAAAUGGAAUAUUUUUGUAGUUAGAGCAUAGAAGACCUGUUUACAAUCUUCUAGAUACAGUUUUGAACAUUAUUGGAGCCCUCAAGACAUGAAAUAACACCCCUAUAGUCACCUUUACAUUUGUAUUACCCCAUAUAGUAGAUAUAAUUACAGAAAAUAAGACAUCCAUCUAUCCAUCAUGCUGGAGCCUAUCCCAGCUGACUUCGGGCGACAGGUGGGGUACACCCUGGACUGGUUGCCAGCCAAUGGCAGGGCACAUAUAGACAAACAACCAUUCACACUCACAUUCAUACCUAUGGACAAUUUUUAGAGUCUCCAGUUAACCUAACAUGCAUGUUUUUGGAAUGUGGGAGGAAACCGGAGUACCCAGAGAAAACCCACACACGGGGAGAACAUGCAAACUCCACACAGAAAUGCCCAAGGGAGAAUCAAACCCAGACUGUUACUGUGUUGGCCAACAUGCUAACCACUAGACCACCAUGCGGCCGUACAAACAUUUAUAAAAUAAGACAUAUUAGACAUAAAUAAGAUAACAGACUCACACAUGAGCAGUUCCUUGUUGUUUUUUUCUGGACAGCGUACUUCCCGUGUACUUCCACCAUUACAAUACAUUGAUGUAAUGUAAUGGCGGCUUUAAAUGGCUUUACACGCAUACCCAAUAUAGUAGACAAAAUAGUAAUAUUUAUGUAAAUAAAACUCCUGCUCGAAGUGUGUCACAGUAAAUGUAUUCCUAGGGAACCUUAGUGACAAGUCUAGUGCCUGUCUCAGUACUAUAGUAUAAGUAGUAAAUAUAAGUAAAAUUUGCUUAAAUAUGCAUAUUUAUUGUACUAAUAAAAGGCUGUAUUCAACCACGAAACAGUGAUCAUUAAUUUUUGAAAAAACGCAAUAAAGUGAGGGAGCAGUGUUUGAACAGCGAGGACGCGAGAGACGACUAUAGGUCUUUUAUUUAGAUUUUUGGGGACCUUAUCAGAGAAAAAAUAACUAUGAUUGUGUAUUACGUGUAUUACUAUUACAAAAAUGUGUCAAUACAGUGGGGAAGGAAGUCAUUAUUUGAUCUCCUGCUAAUGUAAGUUUACUACCUUACAAAGAUAUGACGGGUCUAUAAUAUUAAUGGUAGGCUUAUUUUACCAGAAUAUUAAUUUAUUAGCCUAAAAAACCUUAAAGUUUUGGACAGUUCAUGUCUUUGUAAAGGGGUGUAACAAUGAUUUCCCUCCCCUGGAAAUAGCCCUGCUGCCACUGAGUAAGGAAAUACGGUAGUUGCAAGGUGUGUUCAGGAUCAUCUGUUAUACUAGAAAUGGAUUAAGAGUUGAGAUGAGCGUGACUCGCACCUUCCACACUGCGUCAAUCACAGCAUCCAUUUGUCUUCUGGUUGUGAAGUAUCUGACUCUCGAUGCCCGCUUGUUGCCAACUAGCUGCCAUGCUUUGUAUUCUUUGGCUUCAGUUACGAUUGUUACAAGCAGUGAAGUAUGCAUAAGACAUGGUAAUCAUUUGCCUGAGUAUUGCUAUAAAAACACAUUUAUUAUGGUUAUUAUCAUUGUGGAUUGUGGUGGAUGACUUUUUACAAAUGUGUUUAUCUGCAUCACGCGACAUACAGUAUGAAAAGAAGUCUAGGCUGUCCAGGGAGCUGCUGACACACACCUGCUAUUGUGUUGAAGUGGCUGCUGGGACUCGGUGGCAGAGAAUGCGCCCCUGACUCAUCUUACUGUGUUAGCCAAAAGAAAACUGGUUCCAGUGACUCUCCCAGUCUGUCUUUGACCUCCUGCAGUAUGUAAAGCAUCAGCACCACUGCUUUCACUAUCUUUGAAAUGUGUUUUUCCUCUGUCAAUUAAGUUAUUUAUUCAUAUUGCUUUUUUCCCGCUCUGUGUAAAUAUAUUUAUUUUUUUGAUGUGAACAUUUGGAUUGUAAAUAUGUGUACAGAAUGUGUAGCCGGAAUGUAUUCUGCUCCAGAUGGGAAUGUAUCUGAGUGUGGGAUUAGUGUGGAAUUGUUUUGACAUACAAGGGCCUGAUUUGUUCCUUUUUAUUUGCGACCUUUUGUACAUCUUUUUGUUCAUCGUUUUCCAACUGUUCAUGCAGCAAUACGCAAAAACCAACUGUCAUAUAUAUCAAUAUUCCAAAGCCUGUCAUUGAUGCCUCAAUGCCAAAAGUUGUGUACAUAGUAUGAAUGACAAAUGAGCCCCGAGGACUUCAAGGAUCAGUUUUUCGUACUGGAUCUGUUUUAGAGCUGUCCAAGCAUGCGGCAGAGCUCUGCUCCUUGGGAUAGACUGACCGCAGUCAAGGCUGAGUUCCUCCAAAGGCUGUAUUUUUCACAGACCUUACAGAGUUGUGCCUUGUUCUAUGCAAUAGAACACAAAGCCUCUUUCUCUCCCUCUCUCGCACUCUCCCUUUCUCUCACCCUAAGGAAGACAAAAUAUAUAUCGUGAGAUAAACUGACUGCUGACUAUGAAUUUGAAAGUCUUACUUUUGUAGUUUUAUAUAUAUAUAUAUAUAUAUGAAUUAUAUAUACACAAUAAAUGGUUUUAAAAAAUA